AUGGGGCCUUUAAAGAACUUCACAUCCCAGAGCAUCAAUAAGGGCACAUCAGCAACAUGGACGGCUGCUAUGCCUAAACGAUUCACCAGUAAAGAACAGGUGAAACCUUUCCUGGGCUCGCUGUUCGAGCCGAAGGCGUUGCGCGCCGCACGACGACCGACAGUGAACUACAACCUUGACAACGUGAAACUGCCCGAACAGUUUGAUGCUCGCGAUCAGUGGAAAAAUUGCCCUUCGAUUGGUGAGAUUCGUGACCAGUCUAGUUGUGGUUCGUGCUGGGCAUUUGGUGCAGUUGAGGCUAUGACCGAUCGGACGUGCAUUCAUUCGCACGGCCGAAAAACAGCUGAUCUGAGUGCUCGGGAUAUGCUCUCCUGUUGCCCAACCUGUGGCUUUGGUUGCAACGGCGGUUACCCACCGAGGGCUUGGGACUUUUGGAAAUCCUCGGGACUCGUGACCGGUGGCUCGUUGGAAGACGCCCAAGGAUGUCAGCCAUAUCCGUUCCCUAAGUGUAAUCACCAUUCCGAGCACAGCAAAUAUCAAGAUUGUGCUGAAGACUUGUAUGAGACUCCGAUAUGUAUGAAAACCUGUCAACCCAGUUUCAAUCGCACGUACAGAGAGGAUAAAGUAUACGUCAUGCGCUUUGAGGUGUGCUGUGUUCCAUUUCGCCUGUUCACCGAGCUUUGCAAUUUGUUUGCAAACGUUUCAUCAUCGGCCGAGGUGACAUGA